AUGACGCGUGGUCGAGCUCCAGAUGGUCAUGUUGUUUCUCACGCUCUUUUCUGGCUACCAAAGGUGCAGAUUAUUAAUAAGAAGCUGGACUUUAGCAGCGUUCAAUCCAGGUGUGGCUCAAAGGAUAAUAUCAAACACAUCCCGGGAGGAGGCAGUGUGCAGAUUGUUAAUAAGAAGUUGGACUUUAGCAGCGUUCAAUCCAGGUGUGGCUCAAAGGAUAAUAUCAAACACAUCCCGGGAGGAGGCAGUGUUCAAAUCGUUUACAAGCCCGUCGACUUGAGCCACGUGACGUCCAAAUGUGGGUCCCUGGGCAACAUCCAUCACAAACCAGGCGGCGGCCAGGUGGAGGUGAAAUCUGAGAAACUGGACUUCAAAGAUAAGGUGCAAUCGAAAAUCGGGUCCUUAGAUAACAUCAGCCACGUCCCCGGAGGAGGAAAUAAAAAG